AUGCCUUUUCUGGAAGAUUCCGUGGGAGUGGAGGACCUCAUCCUCCUGGAACCCCUGACACAGGAGUCUCUGCUCAAGAACCUCCAGCUUCGCUAUGAAAAGAAAGAGAUUUACACCUACAUUGGGAACGUGGUGGUCUCAGUGAAUCCCUACCAACAGCUGUCCAUCUAUGGCCCCGAGUUCAUUGCCAAAUACCGGGACUAUACCUUCUAUGAGCAGAAGCCCCACAUUUAUGCAUUGGCCAAUGUGGCAUACCAGUCACUGAAGGACCAGGACCGAGACCAGUGUAUCCUCAUCACAGGCGAAAGUGGAGCUGGCAAGACUGAGGCUAGUAAGCUGGUGAUGUCUUAUGUGGCAGCUGUCUGUGGGAAAGGGGAGCAGGUGAAUUCUGUGAAAGAGCAACUACUUCAGUCAAACCCAGUACUGGAGGCUUUUGGCAAUGCCAAGACAAUACGCAACAACAACUCCUCUCGAUUUGGAAAAUACAUGGAUAUUGAGUUUGACUUCAAGGGAUCUCCCCUUGGUGGCGUCAUCACAAAUUAUCUGCUUGAGAAAUCUCGAGUGGUGAAACAGCUUAAAGGAGAAAGGAACUUCCACAUCUUCUAUCAGCUGCUCGCUGGGGCAGACACACAGUUGCUAAAGGCCCUGAAGCUUGAGCGGGAAAUAAGUCACUAUUCUUAUCUGAACCGGGAUGUGUCCAGAGUGGAUGGUAUAGAUGAUGUCUCCGAUUUUAAGGCUGUACAGAGUGCCAUGACUGUGAUUGGGUUCUCGGAGGAGGAGAUUCGACAGGUGCUAGAGGUGACGGCCUUGGUGCUGAAACUGGGGAACGUGGAGCUGGCGGAUGAGUUCCAGGCCAGUGGGAUACCAGCAAGUGGGAUCCGUGAUAGGCAAGGUAUUCAGGAGAUUGGGAAGAUGGUGGGUUUAAAUUUAGAGGACCUGGAGAGAGCUUUGUGUUCAAGGACUAUGGAAACAGCCAAAGAAAAAGUGGUCACUGCACUAAGUGUCACCCAGGCUCAGUAUGCUCGGGACGCUUUGGCCAAGAACAUCUACAACCGCCUCUUCAACUGGAUAGUGUAUCGAAUAAACGAGAGUAUCAAGGUGGGCACUGGAGAAAAGAAGAAGGUAAUGGGGGUCCUGGAUAUCUACGGCUUUGAAAUAUUACAGGAUAAUAGCUUUGAGCAAUUUGUGAUCAACUACUGCAACGAGAAGCUACAGCAGGUGUUCAUAGAGUUAACCCUGAAAGAGGAGCAGGAGGAGUAUAAGAGAGAGGGAAUACCAUGGACAAAGGUGGACUACUUUGAUAAUGGUAUCAUCUGCAACCUUAUUGAACAUAGUCAGCGAGGUAUCCUGGCCAUGCUCGAUGAGGAGUGCCUGCGGCCUGGAGUGGUCAGUGACUCUACCUUCCUAGCGAAGCUCAACCAACAAUUCUCCAAGCAUGAUCACUAUGAGAGCAAAGUCACUCAGAAUGCCCAGCGCCAGUACGAUCACACCAUGGGCCUCAGCUGCUUCCGUAUCUGCCACUAUGCCGGCAAGGUGACAUACAAUGUGACCAGCUUCAUUGACAAAAAUAACGACUUACUCUUCCGGGACCUGUCCCAGGCUAUGUGGAAGGCCCAGCACCCCCUCCUUCGCUCCUUGUUCCCUGAGGGUGAUCCCAAGCAGGCAUCUCUCAAACGCCCUGCAACUGCUGGGGCUCAGUUCAAGAGUUCUGUGGUUACACUCAUGAAGAACCUGUACUCCAAGAACCCCAACUACAUCAGGUGCAUUAAGCCCAAUGAGCAUCAGCAGCAUGGUCAGUUCUCCUUGGAGCUGGUGGCCACCCAAGUUCAGUACCUGGGGCUGCUGGAGAAUGUGCGAGUGCGACGGGCAGGCUAUGCCUAUCGCCAGGGGUAUGGGCCCUUCCUGGAAAGGUACAGACUACUGAGCCGGAGCACCUGGCCUCGCUGGAACGGAGGAGAGAGGGAGGGGGUUGAGAAGGUCAUGGGGGAGCUGAUUGUGGCCUCAGAGGAGCUGGCUUUUGGGAAGACAAAGAUCUUCAUUAGGAAUCCCAAGACUCUUUUCUACCUGGAAGAGCAGCGGCGCCUUAAACUCCAGCAGCUGGCCACACUCAUCCAGAAGACAUACCGAGGCUGGCGCUGCCGCACCCACUACCAGCUGAUGCGCAAGAGUCAGAUCCUCAUCUCUUCCUGGUUUAGGGGCAACAUGCAAAAGAAACGCUAUGGGAAGAUUAAGGCAUCUACACUAUUGAUCCAGGCAUUUGUGAGAGGGUGGAAGGCCCGCAAGGAUUAUCGAAAAUAUUUCCGGUCAGGGGCGGCCCUCACUUUGGCAGAUUUCAUCUACAAGAGCAUAGCACAGAAAUUCCUACUGGGGCUGAAGAAUAAUCUGCCAUCCACCAAAGUCUUGGACAACAAGUGGCCAACUGCUCCUUACAAGUGUUUCCACGCGGCUAAUCAGGAGCUGCGGCAGCUCUUCUACCAAUGGAAGUGCAAGAAGUUCCGGGAUCAGCUGUCCCCCGCGCAGGUAGAAGUCUUGAGGGAGAAGCUCUGUGCCAGUGAACUGUUCAAGGGCAAAAAGGCGUCAUACCCCCAGAGUGUCCCCAUACAAUUCCACGGUGACUACAUUGGGCUGCAAGGGAAUCCCAGACUACAGAAGCUGAAGGGCAGUGAGGAAGGGCCUAUUCUAAUGGCAGAGACUGUGAAGAAGGUCAAUCGUGGCAAUGGCAAGACCUCCCCUCGGAUUCUCCUCCUGACCAAGAGGCAUGUGAUUCUCACAGACACCAAGAAGUCCCAGGCCAAUAUUGUCAUUGGGCUGGACAGUGUGGCUGAGGUGUCAGUGACAGGCUUUAGGGAUGGACUCUUUACCUUGCAUCUGAGUGAGAUGUCAUCAGUGGGCUCCAAGGGAGACUUCCUGCUGAUCAGUGACCAUGUGAUUGAACUGCUGACCAAGAUGUACCGGGCUGUGCUCAAUGCCACACAGAGGCAGUUGCCAGUCACUGUGACUGAGAAGUUCUCAGUGAAGUUCAAGGAGGGCAAUGUGUCUGUCAAGGUCAUCCAGGGUCCUGGGGGUGGUGGGGACGGCAAGCUAAGAUGCAAGAAGAAGGGGAGUCGUGACCUGGAGGUGACUGUGUAG